AGAUCAAAUGUCGCAAUCCAAAAAUAAAAACUUAUAUUGUGAAUUAUUUUUUCCCCUCUACAAAUUAAUUUUUUUGCUAUCUGUUGUUUACAUUUCUCUCAACAAUGAUGUAAUAUCACUCAAGAAAUCGUUAUAGGAUCUGUCAGUAUUAUUUAUAUUAAUAAAAAAACACAUCGUCAUCAGUAGGAUGUCACCGAAAAUUUUUGCUCGUUUGCUAACUUCCCGUUACCUUCUUGGAGCAAACAGGAGUACCUUUGGAAUCGAUCGGAUCAAGAUGUUUUCAACCACCCCAGAGCCUGUGUAUCCCACAGUAACACAAUUAAAGUUGAAUAUGGCAAAGGACAUGGGAGUCGACUCGGGAUAUCAUCCUAUACCAAAGGACCGUUCUCAUCUGCUGAAAUUCCUGCCCAAGACACAAGAGGAACUUCCGAAACGGUCCAUGGAAGACAGUUACCUGGCUGGAAUCAUCCCGCUGUCUUCGGAUAAGGUGUUGCAGGACAAAUAUGUAACGUUUCUCGGUCAUGUGAGAAUCGGCAGGUUACUUGAAGAUAUGGACAUCUUUGCCGUGAUGGUCGCUCACAAACAUAUAGUGAACCCGAAGCAGCCUCCGAAUGAAGUGUCUCCUUAUACUUUGGUCACUGCACUAGUAGAUAAAAUCGAUUUCACAGACUUCACACCGAAGCCUCAAGAGGACAUUAAGAUCUCCGGCCACGUCAGUUGGGUUGGCAAAUCUUCGCUGGAAGUUGUGGUGUGGUUGGAACAACGAAUGCACGGAGCCUGGCAUCGUGUUAUAUGCAUUUCUUUGAAAUGCUUCAGAGUCGAUGUCAAAACGUCGAAUAACUUUAACUAUAAAACUAUACUGGAACGUCAAACCUCUUCUAAUAGAAAGUAUGUGCUGUUGAAGGAAAAGUUAGCUUUGGUAAUCCCUGACAGUGAAGAACAAAAGAUCAUCCAUGACAUCUACUUGAGGACAGUUAACAAAGAAAUCAGUCACCGAAACAGGGUUCUUCCUCCGGGUUGUGUAUGGAUGAACUCUGCAUCGAUCUCCAAUGUAGUAUUCUCCCAUCCCGAAGAACGUAAUAUGCAUAACACCGUGUUUGGAGGAUUCAUCAUGGCCCAAGCUGAGGAAUUGAGUUGGGUUUUGGGCUACAUGUUCAGCAAAUAUCGUCCCACUCUCAAGAGUAUCAGCGACAUCCAGUUUCAACGGCCCAUCGCUGUCAGUUCUCUAAUUCAAAUGCACGCCCAAGUUGUGUACACGCAGAUAAACUACAUCCAGAUAUUGGUGCACGUGGAGACCUAUAAUCCCAUCACGGGAAAGAACGACUCCACCAACACCUUCCAUUUCACGUAUCAGGUCCCGGAAAUGGUCAACGAGGUCUUCCCGAUGACCUACCAUGAGGCAAUGAUGUACAUCGACGGCAGGAGACAUUUUCAGGACGUCAUGAAGAAAUCCCCCGGUAUUUUCCCUAACAAAUUGUGAUCUUAGGAAUAUGUUUUCAAGUAUUAACCCAUUUUAUGUUGUUUUUAGAUUGAAUGGGAACCUUUGUUGCCGAGCUACAAGUAUUUUAAGCGCAACUACCUCUCUGCCUUCGGUUAGCUGUUUGAUUUUAUCUGUUGAGGUCCCAGAAUUUUAUUUUUUGUAAUUUUAAAUUCAAAGGUGUAUUAGUGAUUAUAUGUUGUUAUAAUUUACAAUUUAGUGAGGUCAUUGUAUGUGUGUAUCAGCUCUGGAGUUUAAAAUUUGUUAAUAAAAUAAAUAAAUAAUUUUAAAA